GCGUCCGCCGGGCUCGGGGCAGCGAGCGGAGGCUGCGGGAGCGCCGCUCCGGGCUGCGGGGAUGCGCGCCGCUGCGCCGCAGCGAUGUGCGGUGCGGCCCGGGGACGGAGCAAAGUUUGCGGUGGCGGACGCGCCCCCGGUGCCCCCCGGGGCAGUCCCCGCGGGCUGCGGGGUUUCGGUGGCUCCGCACCGCGCCGGGACCGCCCCGGGGCUGCGGCCGCCUCGCACCUCCGGGGCUGCGGGGGUUCGGCUGCAGCGUCGCUCUCCUCCUCCUCCUCCUCCUCCUCCCUCUCGGGUGCUCCGCCGCUCCCCGGGCCGGUUUGCGGUAAAUCGGGGGUUCCGGGGGGGAUCGGCGGUGCCGGGAGCCGGCGGUGGGCGCGGGGCCGGCGGUGCGGCAGCGCUGCCCGCGUCCCCCAUUUGCAUGCGAAUGGGAGCGGAUCCCGGCAGAUGUCCUGCCUCAUCCAUUCACCCGGAGGAAUGCGAGGAGACAAGGAGCCUUCAGUGUGACAAUGGCCCUUCAGAAAGCGGCAUAAAGGCGCAGUGUGAGCGGGGCCGCGGCUCCGCCGCCCUCCUCCCGCGGCCGCGGCUUUGUGCGCGGGGCGCUGCGGGACCGGCCUGGGCAGAGCGCAGGGCGGCCAGGGAUGCUCCGCCGGCUCCCUCUGCAGCGCACCUGCCCUUCGCGGGGGCUCUUUCGGGACUCUGCUGCCCGAAAGGUGCGGGGAGAAGCGCGGGGCAGCGGCGGCUCUUCACCCCGGCACCGGGGGUCCCUGCCCCGGCUCUGGCGGACAAAGGGACCGGCCCCGCUGCCGCCCCUUUGUCGCCCCUGUCAAAGGGCCCUUUGAGCGCGGGGCCGGCCCCCGUUCCCUGCGAGAGGAGGGACGGGAGCGAGGCGCAUUGUGCCGGCGGCUCAGCCCUGCCGGGGCCGCACAACAGAUGUUCGCCUGCGAUUUUCGCUCUCCCCCAAGUUAUUCUCUCCCCCGGUGCUGGCUCGGGGCGCAUCUCCCACCAUUUCAGGCGAUGGAGGGGAAGGUAGCGGAAUUAAACUCCAAGUAGGCAAUAACGUUGUCCAAAGGUGAGAGAUCACACACAGGGUGCUUCUGUUCUUGUCCUGGAGCUGUGCGACAGCUCCCAAGUAGCGAGUCCCUUCCAUGAAAGUAGUUUGGAAACCUUGAAGUCUUUUCCUUAUGGACUUAAAGGGUCCCUAUAAAAGGAGCCCCUGAACAUCAUAAACCUGUUCUGGCCAAUAGCUCAGAUGCACCCACAGGGAGAUCACAGGGCUUUGAGUGAUAAAGGCACACCCAGCAUCCAUCCCGCUGUUGUCCAAAGGAUCCGACCAAGCCGAGUCCCAAAGUCUCACAAGUCAGAGUUUAAGUUAAUCUAAAGACGGACACACUGAGAGGGACAAAGCACUGCACCAAGCUUCCCAGAUGGGAAGUGAGGAGAGCCAGGACGGCUCUGCUCUCAGCCCCUGGUGUCCCUGUCCCCCUGCUCUGCAGCCUCUGCUGUGCCGCUGCUCCGGGACAAGAGCUCCACUUUAACUUUUACCUCGGCGGUUAAAAGUUAUCUGCACAACAUUUUAUGUAGCCCGUAUAAAAUUAUCUCUCCCAGUAGGCAUUUUGGACGUUAUUAGACCAGUUACUGUGAUGACCAUAAAGCCUUUUCCAUUUACCUAGAACAGACACGAUAACACUGCUGAUCAUUGAAGGAAACAGGAUUUUGCAUUAAGCUGGGCAGUUAGAGAAGGAUAACAACUUUUCCCGUGAACUGUGAAGGACCUUUUUUACUGCCAUAAAUAAUGCUGAGCCCGUCCAAAUUCAGGCUGGAAAAAGAAACUUCUGUUCAGUCUGACCUCACAAGGAGCAGCCCUGGCACAGGUGCCCAGAGCAGCUGGGGCUGCCCCUGGAUCCCUGGCAGUGCCCAAGGCCAGGCUGGACGUUGGGGCUGGAGCAGCCUGGGACAGAGGGACGUGUCACUGCCAUGGCAGGGUGGCACUGGAUGAUCUUGAAGGUCCCUCCCAACCCAAGCCGUUCUGUGAUUCCAGGAUUCUCCGUGUGCAUUUGGUCGCAGCUCGUGGAGCAGAUGGGCUCAUUUCAAGGAGCAGUGGUUAAGCUCUCCUCACCAUCACCAUCAUCCAUUCCCAAUCCCCGUGCUGCCCGGAGCCCAGCUCGCUGCCGCGGGCGGAGGAGGGGAUGCUGCAGCCUUUGUUUCACACCGACACAGCGGCGUGGCACUGCAGAAGGCAGGGAAAACUUUUCCUAAUCGGCGUGCUGGGUUCCUGCUGCAGCCGGCUGCUGCCUGGCCGCUGUGCCAAGGAGGGCGGCACGUCCCUGCUCCGCGGUCCUUUCCUAGGGACACUUAAAACACCUCGCAUGAAUCAUAACAGCGGUCAAGUCUUGCUGCUACUGCAGCCUGCAUAGCUCAAUAUUCACUGGAAAGGGGAUUUAUUUGCACUAUUGGGUCUGCAGAUCUCUCUUUGUUAUUGUUAGGGAUGACAGAGACUCACCCACAUUUAAACAAUGUUUUAAAAUAUUUUUUUAGUUUCUCUUACGAAUCUUUCGAAGCUCUUAUUUCUGUUAAUUAUAGCAAUGAGUAAAAAUGGGGACUUUGUUCACAAAGCUCUGAGCCACAUUAUUUCUGUCUCUUUCAGAGCUGCUCCUCCCCCAGGUGAGUGACUCGCGUGGUCCCAGGUCUGGCUUUGUGUCAGGCUCAGACCAGGAUCAGGCAUCAGGAAAAAAACCCAAACAAACAAAACCUAAGGAGAAGAGUUAAGUGAUGUUUAUGGAACAGCUCUGGUUGAACAGUAUUUAUUUUAGUUUCUUUUCCAACCAGCAAAGUAGCAAGAUGCUGCAGAUAUUUACAGAGCAGCCAAAAAUUCCCAAAAUAAAAAUCCCUCUGUCUUCCUGUGCACUUUGUCACCACGGAGGUGCCUGUUCUUUGAAGCCCUGAUUAAUAUAGAUGAGUUGUAAUUUUCUGACCAAGCCAUCCUAGUUCACAUAUAUUAUUCCAUUGGCAGACAUGUGGUCCCCACAGCUGUCCCCUCAUUUGUGUAUGAAAUGGAAACACUGGUGGCAUUUGUAGGUUACCAUAGUUACACGAACAAUACACGUGUGAGGCUUCAUCCUGCCAAGCUCCAGAUUUUUUUCCUGGCAGACAUUUUGUAGACACAGAACUGAAGAAAAUCUAUGUAAAGUUUUUGGAAGCGCAUAAAUGCAGCCCUCCUCCUCCUCUGUGUUUGUGUCAGGCUCAUGGACAGCGAGCCUGCAUUUCAGCCCCACCACAGCUGAUUCCUGCAGCCCCUUCCAGCUGGAGCUGCCAGCCUGGAGACCCUCGAUGCUCCCAGGAGCCCACAAUUCCAGGUUGUGCUCCAGAGCAGUUAAGUCAUUAACAGAGUCAGGCCUUAAACACAUCUUUCCCAAAAAAUCGUUUUUGGGUUCUACACAAAAGAGGCUUUGGAGCUGGGAUGGUUUUUCUGCUGACUGGAGGAGGGUUGGCAGUGCCUGGAGGGCUCCUGGGAGAGGGGAGAGGUGGGAAGCAGCCAGAGCCCCAUGCCAGAGCAGAAAUCCAAGGAAACCCACCACAAAUAUUCCCGUACUCUGUUUUGUCUCUGCAGUUAACGUGGGGAAAAAGAUGGACAAGAGCAGAGAAAAUCCAAGAGCUGGCUUAGGAACUGGUUUUGUUGGUUUGCAAUUAUUAAUUAAAUAAUGGUGUUUCUCUAAGGUUUGGAGGGCCUAAGUUGUGCACAGGGACCUCACAGAACCACUUUGAUAAGAAACAGUCCCUGCAGAUGUGCUUGAGUUACUCAGACUGUACCAGUGCCAUUCCCCUGCAGCUGAGGAAUAAAGUUCUUCACGGAAUGAGCUCUGCAAGGUCACAGCUGAACACACCUCCAUGGGGGGCUGAGAGCUGAAAGUUCUUCUGAACCCCACUCUCUCAUCCUUUGCUGCUUCAAACCCUGCAACUUUAUUCAAAUUUUGUUUUGCUCUUUAGAUGUCGUCUUUGCUUUUUCUACGUGUGGCACUGAAGAAAAAUACUGGAUUGGCCUAUUUUGGCUUGGCCUAAUUCUCCCUCUGGUGAAGGCAGGCCAAGUCUGUGCUAUCAGUGAGACAGGAAUUAGUCCCUGCUCUUAACUUCUGCUGAAAAAUAUUUUUAUAACUUCACUUUCUGUGUCAUAAGACCUUAAUUUGGUGUUACAAGGCAGUGUUUCCUUGACAUUCCAUCUGGCUGAAUUAUUAAAAGAACAGGACCCGGUUUUUACCUGGAGCACAGUUUCUAAAAGAUUGAGUGUUUGCAGGGGAGAAUUGCCUUUUUCUUCCCUUUUUAACUAACAGAACAACAAGGCAAAGCAAGUUUAAGUAACAGGCCUGAAAUAUUGAACAGGCUGCUGUAGUGAGGAUGCUCUGAAGUUAUAAAAGUGCCAGGAGAAGCAGCUCUUUCCCUUAUUUUAUUGGUACAGCAGCCUUACCACAUCAUUUCCUCUCCUGAGGUGCUGCCCUUUGCUCCUCGGUGGUCACACAGGGCAGUACUUUCCUGAACAAUUCCCAAGCCAAAGCAGCUGAACACGGAGGCAAACCUUCCUUGGGGGUGUCAGUUAGCAAUUUCAGACGUUGUCAGUCAGCAUCUCAUUUCCAGGUAUUUAAUUUAACUAACUCUGCUGAUUCCAGCAAUUUGGGCAUCUGUCAGCUUGCGUUAGAGCAGCAGAACCGAGGGCUUUGGGAAGCCGUGCCCCCCUGCAGGCACCUGGCAGGGUCUGCCUGCCUCUGCUCUGGGGUGGCAUGUCCCAGCAGUGCUGGGGGACUGCAGCCCCCACCCUGUGCUGUGGCCCUGCAAGGGAGCAGAGCCCAGGCAGGUGCUGGGGUGGGGGUCUCCUGAUCCUCCAGAGGCACCCACAGGCAGGUGUUGGGGUCUCCUCAUCCUCCAGAGGCACCCACAGCCAGGUGUUGGGGUCUCACCCUCCAGAGGCACCCACAGCCAGGUGUUGGGGUCUCCUCAUCCUCCCGAGGCACCCACAGCCAGGUGUUGGGGUCUCCUCAUCCUCCAGAGGCACCCACAGGCAGGUGUUGGGGUCUCCUGACCCUCCAGAGGCACCCACAGCCAGGUGUUGGGGUCUCCUGACCCUCCAGAGGCACCCACAGGCAGGUGUUGGGGUCUCCUCAUCCUCCAGAGGCACCCACAGCCAGGUGUUGGGGUCUCCUCACCCUCCAGAGGCACCCACAGCCAGGUGUUGGGGUCUCCUCAUCCUCCAGAGGCACCCACAGGGAGGUGUUGGGGUCUCCUCAUCCUCCAGAGGCACCCACAGGCAGGUGUUGGGGUCUCCUCAUCCUCCCGAGGCACCCACAGGCAGGUGUUGGGGUCUCCUGAUCCUCCAGAGGCACCCACAGCCAGGUGUUGGGGUCUCCUGACCCUCCAGAGGCACCCACAGGCAGGUGUUGGGGUCUCCUGACCCUCCAGAGGCACCCACAGGCAGGUGUUGGGGUCUCACCCUCCAGAGGCACCCACAGCCAGGUGUUGGGGUCUCACCCUCCAGAGGCACCCACAGCCAGGUGUUGGGGUCUCCUCAUCCUCCCGAGGCACCCACAGCCAGGUGUUGGGGUCUCCUCAUCCUCCCGAGGCACCCACAGCCAGGUGUUGGGGUCUCCUCAUCCUCCAGAGGCACCCACAGCCAGGUGUUGGGGUCUCACCCUCCAGAGGCACCUGGAACCCAUUCCCAGCAUGGCACUGGGAGCCAGCCCUGUUCCAGAGCAGCCCAGCUCCUUGGGGACUCCAGAGGGGCUCCCUGGGGAUCCCGAAGGACUCCUGGCUCUGGAGGGGCACAUCCCACCCCUGAGGUCAGCUGGGAGCCGCCGGCUUCACCCCAAAGGGGUUGGUUUGUGACAAGCAGGGGGUGCCAAAGGCAGGCGUGGGGUGGAAGAGCAGCACGGCUGAGCCUGGGCUGGGGAGGGUGCAGGGAUGGCUCCUGGAUUGGGAUGGACUGGGGAUCACCUGCCAGAGACACACGCAUUUCAGCAGCACACACCUUAGGAGAUGGGGCUGGGCUCCCAACCAGAUUCCUCCAUGCUCAACACUUUUCCUAGUGGAAGAAGCUCCACCUGUGGCAGUGGUAACCCAGAGCUCCAGCCCUGCCCCUGGAGAGUUUCACCUGAGAGUUUCCCCAUUUUAUCCUGUUCUAAAGAGAAUGCUCCCGUCUGGAGAAGCCAUGGGGCUGGUUAAGUUCAUUGGAGACAUUCCCUGGCUUCCUCCUCCACCCUGGAGUCUGACAGAUCACAUCCUAAGGAACUUCUACAAAACACCUCCGAGUUACUCAGAGAGAAUCCUUGAGCCUGUCCAAAUUUGGUAGAAUAACAUUUUACCUUGUUUUAAUAAAAUAUCAAUCAAAGCUUGGAUUGUCUUUUCGUAAUUUGAAAAUGUUUAUCAUUUAUAUAAUGAAUCCUUCAUUUUCUGUUAUUUCAUGCAUCAUAUCAUUUAUAUGAUUAAGCAAGUCCAAAACUAUCUAAUAAAUUCAUACCUUGCUAAUGUGCUGCAUACAAUUACUGGCAUGCAGAUGAGCUACUGAUUGGCCUUGUUAAAUUUUUAAAUUACACAUGAUCCGUCAUUCUAACAGAAAUAGAGUAAAUAUUGAUAGUUCCAGAGAGCCACCAGUGACUUGUAAAUGCAUUGAAAAAUAACUUUCUCUUAGCCAUAGGUGAACAAGCCAUUGCAAAAAUGAAGGUUUUUAAUUGCUGCUUGAAAACAGGUCUUUAAAGUGGGUUCAUUGUAGGAAAAGGCACCAAGUAAAACCAGGUCAGUGUUUUUUCUAAGUUCAUUGACAAAUCUGUUUUCCUUUCUCCUUCUGCCCCCUUGAAGUGCAACAAGUCUGGUUUGUACAAACCAAACAUUAUCACGCCCAAAUGAAUCCCUGCAAUUAGCUAAAGAUUUUAUCUAUAAAGCACCAACAACUUAAAAUUUGGAGAGGAAAAAACUUCCUUUCUGCAACAGGCAGAAAUUGUAGUACCUCUGUGUUUUGCAAGCACUGAUGAAAGAAAGAAUCCAUGGAAAACCUGGGAUGUGGCACGACCAGCCUGAGGACUAAAGCUGAAGGGACAGUGCCUGAACACCCAGUGCAUUGAAUAAGAUCUAUUUUCUGCUUUCUUAACCUCAUGAAGGUCUCAGAGCAAGCCUGUUUUCCGCAUGGAGCAAAGCAUCAGCAUUCAGGGGAUACCUGAGAGCACAGAAAUGGUUAAACCCAGGCUGGGGGGGUCCCACACUCUCAGCUGACUGAGCUUUCCUGCCCUGAUCACAUGGCAGUGCUUUUGGGAUGAAACAGCGGUGGGGAACACGUAUUUCAUGGAGCAGAGGUGCAGAAAGGCUCGUGGAAAAGGGGGAGGUCAUGGGAUGCAGCAGUGAACUGGAGAGAGAGAGAGAAGAGCCUUUUUCUCAGGUCAGAGCAGAGCCUUGGUUCACAGCAGUGCCAAGCCCAAAUCUGUGGCCACUUAAUGGAAUUAGUUCUGUCCCUUCCCAGCUUGGUUGAGUUCCAGAUCUUUGUCUUGGUGCUAACAGCCUUUCUAUUACAUCUCAGCACCUCCCAUGCUAAAUCCAUUUAUUUUGUUAGUGGUAUGCUCACAAUCUUUCCUAUCAGAUCUUCCCAGAUCAGCCAACUCAAUACACGGGUCUAUUAGCAUUUAAAUAUAUAUAGCUCAGAAACAGAGAAUUGGAUUUUGUAAGCAUAAAACUCAGAAAAAAAAUCAAUAAAAGUCUGUUUUAUUCUAAGGGCUGCAGUCUGUGUCAGCACACUACAUGUACAAACUGUGUAGAUAUAGAUCUAGGCUAAUAGUAAAAUACAGUUUAAUACUUAAUCACUAAUAAUUGAAAUGCUAACACACAUUACAGCCACAGGAAACAGAAUUAUCAAAACAGAGUGUAACAAGGACCAGAAAAAGAACUUUUUUCCUUGAUUGAAGAAUUGAAGAUAAGCAAUUGAAGCUCUGUGCCCAUAUAAUUUUUAAUAACAAGCCUUAUGCAUUCCCUACAGCCAGCACCAUUGUGUUGAUUUAUAAAUACCUCCAGAGCUCCUGACUCAUUCUGCUUGGGAUUUAUCAGGCACUGUUUGCAGCACAGGGUUUUUUUGGCAUCCUCUGUGGUAGUAACAACCACGUACACACCGGGGUCUUUCCCAACUGUGGGGGAUCCUGAGUGACUCACAGAACUGGAGUUUGAUCUAGAACUGUGUAGGAAGCAAAAUAAUCACACUGCCAGGAGCCAGUCAGCAAAAAGGGAGGAAAAGGAUUUUCUGUUACUUCAGGAAAAUCCUCUGGAGUUCUGGCAGCCCUGUUUCUCCUGGUUAAAAAUAUUCCUUGUGUGCUCCUUACUUGGUUAUUAUUAACACUUUGCUUCCACUGGCCAAGCUCCUUGGCUCUCAGAGUGGUCAAAAAACAAAAAGGGAAUUCUGCUCCAAAAUCCAACCCAAUCUCUGCGUGCCCUUUGUCCUCUUUCAUUUUGUUUUGUAGGUUUUUGUUUGAGUUGUGCUGAUUUUGAUAGACAGUAAGAAGCAGAGAUUUUCUGAGCUGCUCUGUAUGAAAUCCUUGGGAGGGAGGUGCCCCCAUGGGUUCCAGAGAUGCUCAGAUCCUUCCACGGGGUUCUGAGAUCCCAAAUACGCCAUGACUCAAUCCAUUUCUACUCUUUAAAUAUGGUAAGAAGCCAAAGCAGGGUUUCUCCACCUUUGGUCCUCUUUCAUUCAUCAGCCAGCAGAUGCACAACAUGCAAAAAGUAGUUGGAAGAGGUCUUCCCAAAUUGAUUAUACUGUGGAAAUUCUGGAUUCUUCACUAAAAGCAAUCGGGUUUCAAUUCUGCCUUGCAUUUGAAAGGGAGAAGGGGCUGGGGAAGGGUUAGGGCAUGUG